GAAUUGUCCUUAAUUCAAGAAUCAAGAAGUGGCAUUUGCUACCCUAACCUCAAACAAAUAUCGAUUGUCAUAAAUAUUCUUUCUUCAUUUGAAAAAAUAGAAAAAAAUGUCUCUUGUGGCUAUAUUUUCUUCGUUAAGGCAACCAUUAAGACAUAUAAUGCCUGUAAUGGCCCUUCACACAAAAAAGUACGAAGACGACAUAAGAAAUAAAAUCUUGGCAGCUUCGUUGCCUUACGUGCCAGAGUUGGGUUGGUCCAAGGAAUGUCUUAGCAGAGGUGCUGAACAAAUGGGAUACCCUGGAAUAAGCCAUGGUAUGUUUACCAGAGGCGCUGGCGAUUUGGUGCACUAUUUCAAUACCAGUUCCAAUGCCCAAUUAGUUGAAAUAUUAAAAAAGUUUCAUGUAGGCCGUCACAGCCCUGGCGAGUUUGUGGAGUUGGCGAUACAAGAAAGAUUAAAGUUGCUUUUGCCAUACAUACACAAAUGGCCGCAGGCUAUUGCCAUAAUGUCGCUGCCCCCUAAUGUACCGAAUGCUUUAGCGGCACUUUUAGCUAUGGUUGAUGAUAUUUGUUACUUUGCUGGCGACAGAUCAGUAGAUUUCAAUUGGUACAUGCGCCGAUUAGGUGUAGCAGGCGUCUACAAAGCAACCGAACUAUACAUGAUACAAGACAAAUCUCCCGAACAAAAAGACACUUGGGCUUUUUUGAACAGAAGAAUGGAUGAAGCAAUGCAACUCCAGGAAAUAAUAAGCAAGUCGGAAAUCGCGGGACAAGGAGCCAAAGAUGUUGCCAAAUCAGCAUUCGUCACCGCUAGAAAUAUACUGGGAGUAAGCUGGAACAAAUAAAUACAUUUUGUUUUUAGUUUUAUUUAUAAAGUAUUAUUAAGGCACCAGCUAUAAAUUAAACGCUUUUAGAAAUAAUGUUCUUCUUUUAAAAACCAAAUCAGCCUAGAAGGUAAGCACAAUUUAUCAAUAUCGUUUAGGUUAAUGUGUUGCCUUAUAACAAAUCUGGCCAAGUUUUGCAAAGACCUCACUUCAUCGUACCGCGAAAUCGGAUGCAGCAACCUCACAGGAAAAUUAGGCACGUCACCGCGACUCUUUGUAUAACAAUAAAUACCAUCCUCCAAAGAAACCUUUAUUGCUUCUUCAAUCAUCUCUUGCACCGUAUCUAAGCCUUUAUGGUCAAAAACCUUAUACCCACUAUUGGUACGCUCUAUUCUAGCAUGUAAAGUUUGUCCAACACUUCUAAAACUUAUUGAAAAAAUGUGCCUGUCUGAGGCAGAGUCUCUGACUAAAAACGAACCAUCUGGGGCGCCUGAUAACUUGGAUUCUACUAGGGUUUUAGACACAGGGCCCCAAUACCAUACAUUGUGGGCCAAACUGGAAACUUCGUUUUUGGGGUUGUGGAUUUCAGUGUCUGAUUCGAGUGGCUCAGUAGGAUCAGAAGAAUAAAUGUUUUCUUUUUGAGAUAAUAAUAUAUCAGGGCUCUGUAAAAAGAGUUGAGUUAAUUGGUAUUUUUUCAAUGUAAUGUUUUUACCUGUUGUGAAGUGUCUGGUUCAAUAUGGAUAGUUGAUUGUCUGCGAGGUAGAUUGUUGUUAUUUGAAAAGCAGUUUUUCAUUCUUUUGUGCCAUUUUCUGAAACUUUUUCUCAAAUUAUUUGUUUCCCUUGUAGGUUCGCUUAGUGAAUUUGUAGUCAGGCUUCUUCUAAAUGUUGUUACUUCGCUUUGGGUUUGGUCCGCUUUGGAAUUAUUAUUGUUUUUGAACAUUUUCAAAUAUCUCAGCCAACUUUUUGUCCUACUAUGACCGUCCAUAUUGUUAAUUUCUAUUGUUUAAACAUAACAUUUUUAUUAAUAAUAAUUAUUGCGUGGGAUGUCAAACUAUUUAUUGUUAUUCACUAUAUUGAGCAAAUAAACCUUGAACAAAAAUAAAUAAAAUAUUAUUCUAAUAAUUGGGCUACUAUUUU